GGGGGGCGCCUCCGCUGUAAGGCGUCUUCAAUUACGAGCAAUGGCUGAGAACGGCAACGGGGGAGGGAGCAACGACGGUAAUGGAGGGAACUGGAACCAAGGCGGAAACGGAGGGGCUUCGAACGGUAAGGGAGGCGGAGGCGGUAAUGGUGGAUGGAGUGGUAACAACAGUGGAAAUGGAGGAGGAAGCAAUGGCGGAUGGAACGGUAAUAACGGGGGAAACGGUGGAUGGAACAACGGUAACGGCUGGAACGACAUCAGGGGUAACGGAGGGAAUGGAGGGAAUGGCUAUGGAGGGAACGGUUGGAACGGGAACGGAGGAAGUGGAUGGAAUGGUAACAAUGGGAAUGGAGAAAAUUUUGGUGGGAAUGGAUGGAGCAACAACGGAGCCAAGGAAGUAGUAGCCGAGACUGGAAACGAUCGGCACGCUGCUAUAAUUGCGGCCAAUACGGUCACAUUAGUCGGGAGUGCAACGCACCACGACAAGAUGGCGAUAACUGAGCGAGUUGUGAAGGGGAAGGGUCCUGCCGUGGAAUCCGAAUCCGAGGAGGAGGAGGAGGAUGACAAACGACUGGAGAAAAGAAAGAAACACCCGAUUCAAGCUACUCAGCUUAGCCCUCAAGGGGAGGCUCCGACAAAAGUGGGCCGCGCGGUUGCUGCUUCACCAUGUGCCACUGGAAGGAUGGAGGAAUCUCCUCGACUGGGAGUACCUGGUCAGAGGGACAGAGGGAAUGGGGGUCUGGGUUUUCCACCGAGAGAAUCAGCCCUAUGGGAAGGGGCACCUUCGGGUGAAGAUUUUAACACGGUUACUGCUUUGAAGAAAGCUAUCCGAAGGUUCUUGAGCAAGAAGGUCAAGGCCACGAUCGAAGCUAUGUGUCGUGAAGCAGGUGUGGUGUAUAGGGCGCGACCCGAAGCUGUUGAUGAGCUGAUCGAGUUACGUGUCGUGUUUUUUAGUGUUAGAGCUCCUCAGACCACACCACCGCCGAGAGCACGAGGUGGAAUUGUGAUACGUGAUGUCGUUGUCACACAGGAUCGAUCAAGGGAACCCCCAGCUGGCAAUGAUGCCGCUGGGAGUAGUGAUCCACCAGAACAGUGAGCUUUGGCGAGAUCUCGGUCUACUGCUCGUUCUUCACUCAGAGACAUACUUGUUAGUGUAAUCUGGAGUAAAUUUGGUUUUAACUU